AUGAGAUUGGUUCAAUUUUUCUUGGUUUUCUACAGUAAGUCGGAAUUACCGAAAAUGUAGUUAUGACGUGGCAGCCGCAAUAAAACAUACCUCUUUUUCAGCUAUCUGCACGUGUUAUUCAUUGCAAACUGUGAGUUUCCAGCGAUUUUGAUCUCUGCGAACAAAAAAAAUGAUUUUUAGACCGAUUGUCCAGCCGGUGAGCCGCUUCAAAAUGAUCCGAAUUGUACAAUCGGAAUUCGGUAUCGAAAUCCAGAUGAGCAAGAAUUCUGCUGUCGUGAGUUGUCUGGAAAUGGGAAAUUUUGCAAAAAAAUCCACCGAAAAAAAAUUUCCAGCGAAUAAAUCACCGUGUAAACUGACCGGACUGGCUUCGAAAUUUCUCUCCCGGUUUUAUGUGACAGAUUCUCCCGCAUAUAUAAGACACCACGUUAGCAUGUAUCUUUCACAUCGCAAAUAUAUCUAUCCGAUCGAAUCGGACACGGAAUUUUAUGUUUGUCGUGAGUGCGCGUGCGCCAUUCUGAAAACAGAAAAAUGCGAAAUUACUACUGUAGUUGACAACGGUGUUUGCACACCCGUUGCGUACUUUGCAUUUUAUUUGACGCACAAACAUUUUUUCGAGGGUUUUUUUUUGGGUUUUUCAGCUCUGGGGCUGAAAUUUUGCGCUCAAAACGAGGAAAGUGAUGAUUUCCAGGGAUUUCAGCACAAAAUUCUAGCCUGGAACGUUGUUGUUCUAGUAAAAAAACAGGUUUUUGCUGAAAAACAAAGAAUUCAUGAUUUUCAGACGAAUUUUUGUGUUUCUGACUGAAAUUUCGCGUUAAAAACGAGGAAAUUGAUGAUUUCCAGUGAUUUCAGCACGAAAUUUCAGCCUGGAAAUAUAUUUUCCUAGGAAAAAACAGGUUUUUGCUGAUUUUUUUGUUUCUGACUGAAAUUUCGUGAGAAUUUCCCAUUUUCAGCAAUCCCAAUCGGUCAUUUAUGGUUUGAUCAAUACAAAAAUGGAACUGUACCCAAAGAAUAUUUGCCAACAAGUCAGUUUUCUCCCAGAUUUUUCAUCGAAAAAGUAUUAUAAGUAUUUUCAGAUCCGAAUUACCUUACUGAUGAAAUCCCGCAUUGCGCGAAAAAUUCGGAUUGCAAGAAUUUCGAACAUUUUUGCGGAAAUGUUUUGAAUCCGGAAUUCGAGGGUGGAAGUGAGUGGAGGAAAUUUCAGAGACUAAAAUGUCAACAAUUUUCAGCGAGAGAUGGGAAUUUCACAAUGCAGUGUAAUGCGAAUAAUUGUGACUAUGACUAUAGAAAUUGGACGUUUGCCGACAAAAAUGUGAAAUUUUGCUAUAAGAGUUAGUUUUUGGGGGGCCACGUGGAUUUUCCAACCGACCGCGACGCACAGCCGCACGCGACUGAAAAUUCGCAAUUUGCAGAACCCGAGCCACCAAACUACAGUGGAGUCGAACAACUUCAAACGCGCUCCAAUACACACAAUAUCGGAUUUUGCGAUUUGGAUAGUGAUUGUCGAAAAUUGGAUGUGAAUUCGAUUUGUGGAAAACAGUUUGCGUAUAGUGGAGCACUUUUGAGAUGGACUAGAUAUAUUCCGGAUUCGGCACCGCCUGGAUUUGGACUUCGCAAAACUUAUGAAGGACUUUGUGUUGAAGGUGGGCGGGGUUUUGCAGUUUUUUUGCAGUUCGGGGUUACUGUGGAAAUUUUCGACACAUCUCGCCAAGCAGCUGAGCCUAGAAAAUCUAAUUGUCAAGGAGCCGCGCCUUGAGAGCCUCGUUUUCAAGCAGCCGCGCCUAGAGAACCUUGUUGUCUAGGACCCGCGUCUUGAGAGCCUCUCUGUCAAGCAGCCGCGCCUUGAGAGCGUAGUUUUCAAGCAGCCGCGCAUUCAGAGCUUCUCUGUCAAGCAGCCACGCCUUGAGAGCGUAGUUUUCAAGCAGCCACGCCUUGAGAACCCCUCUGUCAAGGUCCCGCGCCUAGAGAACCUAUUUGUCUAGGACGAACGUCUAGAGAGUAUGUUUUUCAAAAAUAAAGUCCAAAUUUCAGCCAAGCCAAUCUCUUUCACCUUCUCCUCGCUCUUCAAAAACCUCGAUUUCGACGCGAAAAAUCAAGAAAUCUCCAAAUAUCUGCCAGUCGACUGGAAAUCCGGAAAACAUCGAGAUGAAUUGAAAAAAUGCGCGAAAAAUGGAGAUUGUGACGGAGCUGGUGAAUUUUGCGACAAUAUUUAUAGUUUACGAGAGGAGAAGAGCAAUUUCGAUGAGUUUUAUAAGUUUUGCUUCAAAGGUGAAUAUUUUCAGAAUUUUUAUGCUGAAAUUAAAAAAAAAUAUGAUUGUUGCAGCACCUGACAAACAUCAAAUUCUCCCAGAUAAAUCUGGCCUUUUACCAUGCCAAAAUUCAGAAGACUGUGAAGAUUCAAAUCUAAUUUGUCAAAAGACAACUCAAACUUCCUUCACAGCAAUCAAAAAUGGGAAAAUUCGCGAAUUUUCGGGAUUUUGUAGAAAAUGCGAGGAUUGCUCAGAUUAUAUGAUGCUUAUAAUUAUAAUUGUGGUUUUGGUUUUGAUGAUUGUUUGCGCGUUAAUUGGUGGAUUUUUGUUUUGGAAGUUGAAGUUGAGGAAGAAGGGAAAGAGGAAGAAUGGAGAAAGUUCGGAUGGAACAGGAACGAAAUCGUCCGGUGGUUCGAAUCAGCCACCGAAGGUGUGGAAGUGACAAUUUUUGAGUUUUUUUGAGAAAAAUGAACGAUUUAUCGUAUGAUUUUGCAGUGGUAAAUUGAGCUAGACACAAAAUACGUGGAUUUUCCUGUGAAUUUUUUUUUUGCAGUUCGAGUUACUGUAGUUCAUUUAGAGUUUUCUUGCAGUACGGUCCAAGUUUUGAUGAAUUUCAACAGCACAGAAAAAUCCACCCCAAAUUUAAUACGUUUCAAAAAAAUAUCAAGAAAAUUUCAGUCGACCUGCUCAAAAAAGAGAAUUUCCAAGUUUCUAGUUAGAAAAAUCCACGUUUCAGAAUUUUUCUGAAAAAAACCCAAAUAAAUAAAAUCUAGUUAAGUUUGGUAUUAUCAGUGAAAUCAUACUUUUUGACCAUUUUAUCAUCAAAUUUUCUGUGAGCGAAAGAAAUUGAUAACACAAAAAUCAAAAACUAUGCAAAAUUUUUCGAUUUUUCUAGUUUUUCUACUUUAUUUCGUGAGAACUGUAGAUUCGCAGUGUAUUUCUGGAUUUCAGCUGAUCAAUAAUCAGAAAUGUGUUAAGGCUGGUUAUUUUUUUUUGAAAAUCUUUUGAAGCCCCUAAAAAAGCCCAGGCUACUUGAGCCUAAAGCCCACUAAAGUCAUUGAGAGCUCCCUUAAGGUAUCAGAAGCUUAUUGAAGCCCGCAAAAAGCCUGAGCCCAUUUUUAGCUCUUCAAUUUCCAGCUAAUCACCGAGCCAGCUUCACGUGGCGAUGCUGAAAGACAGUGCAAUCUUAUGGGAGGAAAUUUGGUGACUUCGAGAACGUCGAUUGUGAGUUGGCGCCAACAUUUUGCAGCUCGGGGGUUACUGUAGAAACUUAAAGAGCCUUGAGCCAAACUGCAAAAAAUCUAGAUCAACUACAGUAACCCGAACUGCAAAUGUUUUCUUGCAAAAUCUACAGUAACACUAGAUUACUGUAGUCAAUUUUGUAGAGCUUCAAAACAAUCCUACAGUAAUCCAAACUGCAAAAAUAACAUUUUGCGACGAAAAUUCACCAAAACCUACAGUAACCCUGGACUACUGUACCUCGUUUUGUAGAAAAUUUUAAAAGCUAUUCAAAAUAGACUUAUAGUAAUCCAAACUGCAAAAAUAACAUUUUUGCGACGAAAAUUCACCGAAACCUACAGUAACCCUGGACUACUGUACCUCGUUUUGUAGAAAAUUUUAAAAGCUAUUCAAAAUAGACUUAUAGUAAUCCAAACUGCAAAAAUAACAUUUUUGCGACGAAAAUUCACCGAAACCUACAGUAACCCUGAACUACUGUAUCUCGUUUUGUAGAGAAUUUUAAAAGCUUCAAAACAACCCUACAGUAACCCGAACUGCAAAUGUUUCAGAGUAUUCAGUAGCUCUAAAACUUGCAAAAUCCUCAGUAACACUAGAUUACUGUAGUCAAUUUUGUAGAAAAUUGUAAUCCAAACUGCAAAAAUAACAUUUUUGCGACGAAAAUUCACCGAAACCUACAGUAACCCUAGACUACUGUACCUAGGGAAUUCCGAGAGCUUUUCGAAAAUCUACAGUGAUUCAUUCCAGGAUAACUCAGCGCUCACACAAAUCGCUCUAAACUCCUCUUCCGCCACAAAAAACAUCUGGAUUGGUCUCGAAUGCCAAGCCGCAGAUCUAUCCAAAUGUGUUUGGGACGAUUUCCACGUGGCAGUCUACUAUUACAGUAAUUUCGACGUGGCAAUGCCCGAUGUGACACGUGGCAAAUGCAUCUAUUUGUCGACGGAAAACAACGGCGGCGGGAAAUGGUUGAGCGCCGAUUGCGAACGCGAAAAUUUCAGCUAUUUUUGUGAGGUAGAUCAAAACUGUGCGGCAAAGUACGGCCAGAAUUGCUAUUUUUCGCUGAGCGGAAAAUUGAGCCAAGCGGAAGCGCGGAAUGCUUGCGGAAAACUGCAUGGUGCCCAGUUGGCCUCGAUUCACAGCUACUACGAGAACACCUUCAUUUGGUACAAUAUUUUCAAUGCUCCCGCGAGUUCUGGGCUCAAAAAUUUGACGGCCGCGGGAAUUGGCGCCAUUUUUCCGGACACUUGGUUGGAUGGAAGUGCUUGGGAUUAUUCUGGAAAUGUGACUGAAAAUCAAGCGACUGGAAAUUGUUACAGUAUGGUUUUGGCUGAAAAUGGGCGGGGCGAUUGGAUUUCGUCGAAUUGUGACACGUGGCAACCAGCGAUUUGUAAGAGAGCAGCUGAUUUGUGA